AUGGAUCCCGAACUCCCGCAGAGCGGCGAACACUUCGAGGGUGCGUCUUGGGGAGAAGAGGGAUAUGAAGAAGCAAAUGAUAUACAGCAUAGCGACCAACAAAGUCAAGAUCCUGCCUUCCCACUUGCCCAAGCUGCGAAUGGUGACUCAGAAGAUGCUGGCGAAUAUGACCCAGAGUCGGUCACGAUAACCUCAGUUCCAGAGACCUCAGAAUCCAAGCCCCCAACCGAUUCUACCCCCGCCCCUACUCCUACCACGUCCACAUCGGCGAAGCCGAAAUCUGGCAAGCCUAAAACACAAGGGGGCUUCUUAGUGGGAGACUCUGACGAUGAGGAGGAUGUGCCCACUCCAGCUUCCACUACCGCCGUUGUUCCAGAUGCUGCGCAACCCCCCGUCACACAGAACCACCCUCCCCUCACUGUAUCUACUCCAGUUCAGACUCAAGUCAGCGCUACUCCAGAGCAGCCAAACAAUGGGACUGCAGUAAGAGCGCCCAGUGCCGCGCACGCGCCUGCCCCUCCGACUGUGCAGCCUCUACCCAGCAGAGACCCCAAUGACACCUUUGGCAUCCUGGAGGAUCGUGUGAAGGAGGAUCCGCGGGGCGAUAUGGAAGCCUGGCUUGCGUUGAUCGCCGAACACCGCCGCUAUGACCAGCUAGACGAGCUCCGUGCAGUGUACGAGCGUUUCGUCCAAGUCUUCCCUCAAGCUGCAGACAUCUGGGCAGAUUGGGCCCAGCUUGAGCUGAGUUCCAACCGGUUCCAGGACGCCGAAGCACUAUUCAACCGAUCUCUGGUCAACGUACCGAACGUUAAGCUCUGGACAGUAUACCUCAACUACAUCCGCAGAAGAUAUGACCUCACAAACGACCCCAAUGGUGAGGCUCGCCGAAUUCUCAGCAUGUCAUACGACUUCGUGAUUGGCUCGGUCGGCAUUGAUCGUGACUCGGGUCAACUGUGGAAGGACUACAUUCAGUUUAUCAAGAGUGGUCCAGGUCAGGUUGGAGGCAGUGGUUGGCAAGAUCAGCAGAAGAUGGAUCAGCUGCGCAAGGCCUACCAUCGCGCGAUCACGGUUCCCAUGUCCGCACUCACGGACUUGUGGAAGGACUAUGAUCAGUUCGAGAUGAGCCUCAACAAGACAACUGGUCGCCAGUUCAUCCAGAAGCGCUCGCCGGCAUAUAUGACAGCUAAGGCAGCGAACUCCCAGCUUGACCGACUGAUUCCUAGACUUCAGCGAACGUCUCUCCCACGGCUUCCACCUGCUCCUGGCUUUGAUGGUGAUCAGGAGUUUCUGGAACAGGUUGAGAUCUGGAAGAAGUGGAUUCAGUGGGAAAAGGACGACCCGCUGGUUCUUCUCGACGAGGAACCCGAAGCCUACAAAGCACGUAUCUUAUACUGCUACAGGCAAGCUUUGAUGGCCCUUCGAUUCUGGCCUGAGAUCUGGGUUGAUGCUGCGGAGUGGUGCUUCGCCAAUAACAUCACCAAGGAUGGCAAAGAGCUAGGCCUUUCCUUCCUGACUGACGGCAUCGAGGCCAACCCUGAGAGCGUUUUGCUGGCGCUGAAGCAUGGCGAUCGCGUGGAGUCGACUUAUCAAGCCGGAGACGACGAAGCGAGCAAGGCUGCCCGCGCGAAGGCCAUUCGCGAGCCCUACAGCCGGGUCCUCGACACGUUGUACGCCAUGUCCAAGAAGAUCAAGGAACGGGAGGAGCGGGAAGUUCGCAAGAUUGAGGAAGCUGCGGCGCGCGACCCGAAUGUCAAAGAUUCGAUCGAAAACAACGACGAGGAACCCGAUAGUGAAAACAACAGACCAGCCGAUCUCGGAAGAGAGGAGCGUAUCAAGGCUGUCAAGCACGGCUUUUCGGUACAAGCGGACAUGCUCAAACGUACUAUUUCGUUCGUGUGGAUUGCGCUUUGCCGAGCUGCACGGAGAACACAAGGCAAAGGCAACACGACUUCAGGUCUCAGACAGGUAUUCAUCGAGGCUCGCGGUCGGGGCCAACUGACCAGUGAUGUCUAUAUCGCUGUUGCCAAGAUGGAGGCCCUCAUCUACAAUGAUCCUGCCGGUGGUAAGAUCUUCGAUCGCGGUGCCAAGCUGUUUCCGGAAGACGCUAGCUUCAUGUUGGAGUAUCUCAAGUUCUUGCACUCGAAGGGCGAUACAACAAACGCUCGCGUGGUGUUCGAGACAUGCGUCAACCGUCUCACACAGAAAGAUGACAAGAAGGAUCAGGCCAAGCAGUUGUAUUCCUACUUCCACAAGUACGAAUCACAAUUUGGCGAGCUUUCCUCUAUUUCCGAGCUUGAGAAGCGCAUCUCGGAGCUCUGGCCGACUGACCCUAAACUCACACACUUUGCGAACCGUUUCUCGGUCGAGACAUUUGAUCCGAUUUCUUAUCGCCUCAUUAUCUCACCGGCUGUCCAACUGCGGCCAAAGAUGUUGAUCCCGGCUAUUGAACAACCGACUUCAGUGCGACAGACUCCGAUGCCACCGCUGCCGAUCCGUCAGACGGCCAGCCCAGGUCCUCAGUACAUUGGCAACACAAACUCGCCUAAGAGACCGUUCGCGGGCGAUGAGUACGAAGAACUCAACCGGCCGCGAAAGCUUGCCAGAGGAGAGUCGCCCCUGAAAGGUGCCGCUGGUCGCCGUCUCGACCAGCAGAGACGGAACCAAGGAGCGCCUCUUUCUCGAGACAUCACCUUUUUGCUGGGUAUCUUGCCCCCGUCUCACGCUUACGCGCAUUCGCCCGGCGCAUUCCGCCUGAGCGCUCCCAACCUCGUCGGUCUCCUAAGAGAGACCCCUGUGCCGGACUACAGCGCCUGGAAAGCACAGCAAGAGCUCGGUGCUCGACAAAACAACGGUAUGCAGCCCCCUUCCCAUGGCCGGCAGGCAUCUGGUGAUUACUCUGGGUACGGACACGGUGGACGAAAUUUGCCGCACAGGGCUCUUAGUUCGUUUGAUGCCAGCGGUUGGCGCUUGGCGCCUUCCGGAUAUCGGAGCUCCCCUCUACGGCCUGGUUCCAGUGGCGGAAAUCCCGAAGCAGCAGCAUACCGACAGGAUGCGACGCAGCAGGGAAACUACCUGCCAGCGGGUCCGUACGAUGGAAAUAGCUCCAGGGCACUACAGCCUGCCGGCUACUUUCAAGCACCGGCACAGCAAUAUGGGAAAUACCAGUAUUGA